AUGGUGGACCAUAGCGUUGUAAAGGAAAUAAUAGCAUACAUACCAUAUAGUUUGGUAAAUAUUCCCAUUACUUGGCGUUUUCAGGUGGUUCUUACUGAUAUUCACGGUGAAUCACGAUCAAUAUCGUUUCCUGGCUGUUAUAGAGCGAAAAUAUCGUUUAGAAUGAAGAAACCGUUGAAAAACCCAUACAUCGAAGCAUUUCUUCAACUCGGCCAGAAUAUUCCGUGCCGCUCUGGUGGGCGAACCUUUGUGUCCAAUAUCUGCACAAACAUCACUCAAACAAACUGGUGCCCACAAAGCAAGAAUAGCCAGUUGAGAGGCAUGUUGAUGGAUAAGGACACAUGCCAAUUCUGUCAUGUUUGCGAUACGAUUAAAGGAGAAGCUACUAAAAACACGAGUGACUGGAAGCGCUAUGUCUUCAAUGAGGGUUCUGAGAAAUGUGACACAACUUCAGAUCAACAAACACUUUAUUUCAAGAUGUGCACACCAAGACGUAGUGAGCUGAACGAACAACAUAGUGACAUGCGCGAUAAGCUGAACGAGUACUGGAACUAUCUCAAACAGGGAAUUCUCACUGCCGUUGUGCACGUAUUGAACCGACCUGAACCUGAAACGCAUCGACGUCAACAAUGCCAGAAGAUGUGCAACACGUAUUCAAACAAACCCGGUAUCAGUCACAGAUAUCGAAGCACUCUUCUGAAGUCAAUCGAGUCGUUGUGCACACCACGUGACACAUAUGCAGCAUGCGUCUACCACACAAUGAAAUUUGACAUCAACGACUCCUGA